AUGAAUAUUAAUAAACGUAAAAAAUUUUGGGGAAGUGUUCCCAAAAAUAAAAUCGGUAAUAACACCAAUCGAUUCAAAGAUUUGGAAAAUUUAGAUGACAACGAUACUUAUAGUGAAGGAGAAAUAGAACAUGAGUAUAAAACUAUAAUACCUCCAAUUGUUGUUGAUCCCGCUCAUGGGUUUUUAAGUGUGUACAAUAAACUUGGAACUGCAUACCAAUAUAAACGUAUGUCGAUAGGCACUAAAGUUAUUUCCUCAUCGGAAUCGGACUUCAUUACUGCGAAGACAAAGCUUGCUAAAGAUGAAUUUAAAUUCUAUACACAUGAUUUAAAAGACAAAAAAAUUUUCAAGUUAGUUCUAUUUGGUCUUCCAAAAACUCGUGCCGAAGAAAUUACGGAUGAACUAAAAAACACAUUUAAUGUUGUUGCGGUGAGCAUAAAAGUAAUUAUAACAUCACGAUCUUCUAUUGAUGACGCAUUAUAUAUGCUGGAAUUUGACAGAUCACGUCACUCCAAAAGUGAUAUACACAAAAUUAAAUUCUUAGGUGGAAUUGCUGUCCAUUGGAAAAACCCGUCAAAAGGAAACAAAGGUCCAACAUUUUGUACAAAAUGUGCUACAUACGGCCAUGGAACCAGAAAUUGUUUUCGUAAUAAUACAUGCAUUGCUUGUGGAGGUGGACAUGAUUAUUCCACGUGUAAUAUCAAUAAAACCGAACAAGAUGGAGCAGUAACAUUUAAAUGUUUUAACUGUUUUAACAAGAACCUAAAAAAUAUAAACCACAGAGCCGAUGACCCCCGUUGUCCUAGCCGCAAAGAAUACAUAACUAUGCGCCAAAAUUUAAGCAACAAAAUACGUAACAAAACCCAAAGUAAUUCGUAUAAAAACCCUAACUUUUUAUCGGACGACAAUCCCACAAAUACUGAAGUCCAUAACACUGGACCACCUAACGUUAAUAGAAGCUACGCUGAAGCUUUAAAGUUUUCAAACCAACAAACUAACCACGAUGACUUGUUCACUAUCGACGAGUUAUUUAAUAUAUUUUCUGGAGCAAUAGCUGAUCUUCGUAAGUGUACUACAAAAGCAGAGCAACUUAAUGUUGUAAUGUCUUUACUCAAAUAUGCAAUCUAA